CAAAACUAUAUUUUCAGGUGGCGGAAGACAACAUUUCUCUGAACACGAAGAAGAACACAGCGAAGAAGGCAAAAAGGCUUAUGAGGGCGUACACAAAGAGACAAAAUCCGCUAAGGGUCACCACGACAAAGAAGACCAUUUGGGUAAGUAUGAUGACCACGGAGGCGUCGAGAAGAACCACGAGGAGGAGUCAGGACACUACGGAGCACACCACCACGAGGAACAUGGAAAGAAACAUGCUAAGUAUGAAGAGUCGGGCAAGCAUUCAAAGGGCCAUAGCACCAAAGGCAGUCACGACAUCCAUAAGAAGGAGGAGUACGAGAAAAAUGUGGAAUUUUUCGAAGAAGAAGGCGACUCCGGUGAAGAAGAAAAGCAUGGAGGAUAUAAUGAGGAGCACGGUCACGCCAAGGGAGGACAUUUCAAGAACGGAGACUAUAAAGCGGGCCACGAGGAGCACGCCAAAGGCGAAUCCCGGUCAUUUUGAGAAAGGCGGACACCUGCACUUGUCAAAGGGCCACAAAGCUGCAGCGGGGCACGACAGGCACGGAAAGCACGGAGUCGGCCAUCACCAGAAGGAAUCGAAGGAUUCGGGGAAGAAGUGGAUCUAUCACCACGGGUACCCUCCGAAAACGGCAAACCUGGUGCUGAUCGAUAGGAGACUCGACCAAUUGUACCACGGACCCCAGUACUACGGAUAA